UCAAGAUGGAGCUAACAAAUAAUAUUACGGAAAUAAAUGACAAUGACGAUUUUUUUUAUAGUUAGUUAUCAAAGUUUAGUUAUGAUGAACGGAAAACUUAUAUUUUGUAUUUUCGUUAUCUUUGUUUUAAGAACAGUUUUUACACAGCAGAAGUUUGUUGAGGAAAAUACGAACUUUCAAUAUUCUAGAUGCAAACAAAUAUCGGACAAUGUCCUGUGCGAGGCGCUUAAUAUAAGCAAAGGGUCAAAGGACAAGGCAAGUCUAUGGCCUCCAGGUCCAUUUGCAAUUCCUAUGUCACAAUACGGGUGUCCAGAGUAUGAGAAUCGUGGAUGGACACAAAGCGUAUUAGAUAUGAGAAUUGAAAAAAAUAAACGGGCAAAACAGAAGAAGAGCCAAAUGAAGUUAUGUGUUAAAGUGCGACAUGAUACUGAACUGGACACUGAAAGUUGGAUUCCUGGAAGAUAUUCAAUUUACCAGAUUGGAGAGAAAUGCCCGCCAGGUUUUAGAGAUAGAAAAACACAAACAGUCUUCUUUGAAUUUGAUUCGUACGGAAUCAUUCCAAAUAUCUCAGUUUACGAGACAGCAAAUAAAUCAAAGAGGAAUAAAUUGAGCAUAGCGACGUGUGACAAAAUCUACACGUUAGCAGAUGUAAUCGAAAGCAAUGUUACGUUUGGAAUGCUGAAAACAAAUUUCAAACUGAUAAAGAAUGGAACCAAGUGUCCAAUGUCAACUUUUUCUACAGAGCAAAACUAUUUCUGCAGCACUGUCCCAGUUGCUGAUGAUACAGUUGGAGGGGCGACACGGCUGGUGUCGGGGUUCGACUUGAUUUGGAAUAUUGAUUCAAAACGUACCGAUAAUGUAAAAUUAACGUGUCAAAUUGACUUGCGGCGUUCUAUGCAUGUGUCUAAAAUUGAAAUGGUUUUCAAGGGGGGAAAAGGGGUUGACCUUUAG